AUGGGAAGGAAACCAUGCUGUCAAAAAGUAGGCUUAAAGAAGGGAGCAUGGACUGCCGAAGAAGACGAUAAGCUCAAAAACUUCAUGCUCACAAAUGGCCAAUGUAGCUGGAUAGCUCUCCCUAAACUUGCAGGACUGUUAAGGUGUGGAAAAAGCUGCAGAUUGAGAUGGACAAAUUAUCUUAGACCAGAUUUGAAGAGGGGAUUUCUAUCUGAAGAUGAAGAGAAGAUAAUUAUUGACCUUCAUGCUAAGCUUGGAAACAGAUGGUCCAAGAUUGCUUCUCAUCUCCCCGGAAGAACUGAUAAUGAUAUAAAAAAUCGCUGGAACACACGCAUCAAGAAAAAGCUGAGGAACAUGGGGAUUGAUCCUAUGUCCCGCAACCCCUUGCGGCCUACAACCACCACUCCAUCUCCGCUGCAAGAACAUACACAAAAUCCUGAGGCAGAACAAGAACCACCGUCAAAAGCGGAUCAAAACAAAGACACUGAGACCUCAGUGCAAUCCAACAUUGCAGAGGGAAAAGAUGAAGAUAGAAAUAUGGCUUCAAGCCCAUUAAUGGAGAUGGGAAGCCAAGAAUGCUUUGAGAAAGGUGCUUCAAAGAAGGGAUCAUGGACUGCCGAGGAAGACAAAAAGCUCAGCAACUUCAUUCUCAAAAAUGGGCAAUGCUGCUGGAAAUAUGUGCCUAAAUUUGCAGGACUGUCAAGAUGUAGUAAAAGCUGUAGAUUGAGAUGGAAAAAUUAUCUUAGUCCAGACUUGAAAAGGGGAUUUCUAUCUGAAGAUGAAGAGAAGAUUGUUGUUGAUCUUCAUGCUAAGCUUGGAAAUAGAUGGUCCAAGAUUGCUUCUCAUCUUCCUGGAAGAACUGAUAGUUGCGUAAAGAAUCAAUGGAACACACACAUCAAGAAAAAGUUGAUGAAAAUGGGGAUUGAUCCCCUGACUCACAACCCACUGCCGCCACCGCUGGAAAAUCAAGAACCAUCGUCGGAGGUGGUGGAUACUGAAAUUUCAAUGCAAUCCACCAUUACAGAGGACAUAAGCAUGAUUGCAAGCCCAUUUGAGGAUUUGCAGUUUCCUCCAGAUUUUAUUGAUUACAGUGAAAUUAUGAGUAUUUUGUACGAUGAUUCAAGCAGUUAG